ACUUCAAGCUACGUAUGUUUCAAUUAGACGUUUUCGUAUCUAGUCGGUGCCCCUAUUCCUCUGAGCUCCUGGGAAAUAGUCUAAAUCAUUAUCGGGAGCCUUACAGGGUCACGCAGGGCGGCGAUGGGGAGGGAGGAGGCAUUUAGGGCCGCAGAGUGAAGGCUCCCCGUUCUUCAGCUGUGUGGACGCCACUCCGAAUAAAACUUAACUAGGCAGCAACCUCCACGAUUUGCAGCGUGAAGCGUUACAGACGCACGCACCUACACUUGCUUCUCUCUCGAGGGCCCUAUACGCUCGCUUUCUCCACACAAACGUGGAACUGCACGCAGCUGCUCCUGGAGAUGACGUGACGGGCUCAGAAGGGCGACACGGGCACGUCUCAGCAUCCAGCUGCUCCUAACGUGACCUCUGACGUGCUAAGAACGUUCAGGGCCACACGCGGGGACUGAACGGUCGGGGAUGAUGCCAAACGCGCCUGGCGCCGGGCCUCCAGCGGCCUGGGCAGUCGGGCCGGCCUCCCGGCACCGCAGGCGGAGCUGACCCCGCCGAGUCCCGCCCCGAGCCUGCGUCCGCCAGCAGUCCAGCCGGGAAGCCAUUAAGAGGAGGAUCUAAGAAAGAAUACCGGCUGGCUGCCCUUCUCAGCGCUCCAAGCAGCGCCAUGCUCGCCGUGCGAAGCGCCCUGACCAGAAGUCUAGCCGCGCGGACGCCGACGCCUCAGCAUUCCUACAGUUUGCCUCCAUGUUAUAAGGUGUGUUCAUCUUUUGCUACUGGCCCCAGACAAUACAAUGGAACAUUCUACGAAUUUCGUACUUAUUGCUUUAAACCUCCAAAGAUGAAUGAGUUUCUGGAAAACAUUAAGAAAAACAUACAUAUUCGGACAGCUCAUUCUGAAUUGAUUGGAUUCUGGAAGACAGAAUUUGGAGGCAGAAUCAACAAAGUGUUUCAUAUUUGGAAGUAUGAUAAUUUUGCUCAUCGAGCUGAAGUUCGGAAAGCCUUGGCCAAAGAUAAGGAAUGGCAAGAACAGUUUCUCAUUCCAAAUUUGCCUCUCAUAGAUGAACAUCAGAAUGAGAUUACUUAUCUGGUGCCAUGGUGCAAAUUAGAGAAGCCUCCAAAAGAAGGAGUAUACGAACUGGUUAUUUUUGAGAUGAAACCUGGUGGGCCACCUCUGUGGGGUAACGCAUUUAAAAGGGCAAUUAAUGCCCAUGUUGAUCUAGGCUACUCAAAGCUAAUUGGAGUUUUCCACACAGAAUAUGGAGCACUCAACAGAGUUCACGUUCUUUGGUGGAAUGAGAGUGCAGAGAGUCGUGCAGCUGGGAGACAUCAGUCCCAUGAGGAUCCCAGAAUCGUGGCAGCUGUUCGGGAAAGCGUCAGUUACCUCGUGUCUCAGAAGAAUAUGCUUCUGAUUCCUACUUCAUUUUCACCAUUGAAAUAGUUUUCCACUGAAAUACAAAGUAUUUCAUUAACUGUCAUGAGAUGUGUCUGCUCAUGGCACUUAAAUUCUCUCAAGAGUUUCUCACUUUUAUUUGAAGAACAUGGUAGGUUAAUUCACCACAUCUCUGCAUUUUUAAGGCCACCUCUGUCCUUUAUCACUACUACCUUUGGAAAUAGUUCUGUUCGUUUUCUUCAUGGCAUUACAGUAUUGAUUAUACUUUAGAAAUAAUUGGCCACUACUUCACGAUAUUUUUCUUUCUUUCAGAAUAUCUCUUAUUCUCUAUUUUAACAACCCUUUGCUUUAUAGCAUUUUCUUAUGUUCAAAAGAUGGUUUUACAUUUCUGUGCCUGACAAUAUUUUUAAAUUAUUUAUAUACAAUGUCUGUCUUUUCAUCAUGUCUGCUUUUUAGGAGAUUAAGAAUAAAUUUUCCCAAUAGUUUAUUUUGUGAUAUUAAAUGUGAUUCAUAAUAUAAAAUCAAAUAAUUUCAUUACCUUGGGAAAGUGUGGUAUCACCUGUGUCAUCUGUAUUAAUAAUAGUUUUCACAGUAAUUAUUGGUCACUCUAACUUGGAAAAUAAUUUAAUUAGGUCUCAGUGUUAAAAAUACUUCAGAAGACUUGUUUUAGAUGCUGAACGUGUUCAUUUAUAAUGAAUGAAUUUUCAUUUUGGAAUACUAAUAAAGGUAUGUGGAACCUCGAUUUGUUUUAAGGAGAUCUUUGUUAUGGAAAUACUUGACCUAAUAAAAGCCUACAUACCUGU